AUGCUCCUCCCCAGCCUCCUCCGCCGCGCCCACCUGCUGCGGCCGUGCUACCCUCCCCGCCGCCACCUCUCCCGCCUCCUAGACCGCUACGGCUUCGUGCCGCCUGCCUCCCUGACCUCCACCGCGAAAGAGAUCUCCCACGGCACAGGCGCCGCCGCCGACCAGAAGCGUCGGAUCAAGAAGCCCCCCUACCGGCCGCCGUCUUCGCUGGACCGCGGAGACCGCCCGGCCUCCCACUCCGACCUCCCCUUCGAUUUCCGCUUCAGCUACACGGAGAGCUCCCCGGACGCCAAGCCCAUCGGGCUCCGCGAGCCCAAGUACUCCCCGUUCGGCCCCGGUCGCCUCGACCGCCCCUGGACCGGCCUGUGCGCGCCCGCCGUCGACACCACGCUCCGGAGCGUCGACGCCGAGGACCCUGCCCCCGCCGCCGAGAAGGACCUGGAGGAGGCCCGCCGGCGUGAGCGAGAGCGCGUGCUUGGCGAGCCGCUCACACCCGCGGAGCGCUCCUUCUUGGUCGACAAAUGCCAGAAGAACCGCACCAAGAGGCAGAUCAAUCUCGGGCGAGAUGGGCUCACUCAUAACAUGCUGAAUGACAUUCACAACCACUGGAAGCAUGGCGAGGCGGUCAGGGUGAAAUGCCUUGGUGUGCCGACGGUUGAUAUGCAAAAUGUGUGCCAUGAGCUCGAGGAUAAAACUGGUGGCCUUAUCAUCCACAGGCAUGGUGGCCAGUUAAUACUGUACAGAGGGAGGCAUUAUCAUCCAAAGAAAAGACCUGUUAUUCCGUUGAUGUUAUGGAAGCCAGCUGAACCGAUCUACCCAAGGCUAAUUAAAACAACAAUAGAAGGUCUGACAGUUCAGGAGACAAAGGAAAUGAGGAAGAAGGGCCUACAUGCUCCUGUCUUGACAAAGCUUGCAAAGAAUGGGUAUUAUGCUAGCCUUGUGUCGAUGGUUCGAGAUGGUUUUCUGGCCGAUGAAUUGGUUCGUAUAGAUUGUAAAGGAUUGCCAAAGAGUGAUUAUCGGAAGAUUGGAGUCAAGCUCAGGGACCUUGUUCCUUGUAUUCUUGUGUCUUUUGACAAGGAGCAAAUUAUUGUUUGGAGGGGGAAAGACCAUGAUGAAAGCAUACAGGAUAAUAUGCACAAGGCAUUCCCUUCAGUUCUUCAAUUAGAGAAUGCAGCAGUGAAGAAUGAGAAUGUUGAGCAGGAAGAAGCCUCAAGUGACUGUUCUUCUGAUGAGUGGUCUGAGAUCAGUAGCUCUGACGAUGUGCCAGAUGAUAAGUAG